GCGGGGCAGCAGCCAAGAGCCGGGGGUCGGGGCGUUGGUCAUGUUUCCCUUCGGGCCCGCUAGCCCCGGAGGGGACAGGGCGGCCGGAGCCGGGGCUGAGGAGCCGGCACCCCAUGCGAGACAGGGGGGAGCUGCCAGGCCGCUCCCUUCUCCGCCCCCGUCGCUACAGCCGGGGGCUGACGCAGCCCCUCCCCCGUCGCCCUGCGGGAGCCCUCGUCGCCCCUGCGCCCCUUCGCAGCCCCAGGCUGGGCGCGCGGGGGAGCUCCGGCCGGCCGGAGCUCUAGAGUCCUCAGCCGCUUCCGCCCAGGGAGAGCAGUCACCGCCCUCCCCGCCGCGCCGGCAGCCCGGGCCUGACUGCAGGGCCGGGAGCCGGGGCCGGCACUGCCUCAGCGCCCGCCUGGGCGGCCCUGGCGCCCGGCUGUUCGGGUGGCUGAGAGAGCGCAGCCUGGGCCGCGGGCUGUUCGUGGAUCCGGCGCGAGACAAUUUCCGCACCAUGACUAACCUCUAUGGUUCCAUCCAUCCCGCGGACUCGGUGUACCUCAGCACCCGCACCCAUGGGGCCGUCUUCAACCUCGAGUACUCGCCUGACGGGUCAGUGCUGACAGUUGCUUGUGAACAGACUGAAGUUCUGCUUUUUGAUCCUAUAUCUUCAAAGCACAUAAAAACACUUUCUGAAGCUCAUGAAGACUGUGUAAAUAAUAUAAGAUUUCUUGAUAACCGGCUGUUUGCUACCUGCUCUGAUGACACUACAAUAGCACUAUGGGAUCUGAGAAAACUGAACAGCAAAGUAUGCACUUUACAUGGUCACACUAGCUGGGUGAAGAACAUCGAAUAUGAUACUAAUACAAGACUCUUAGUAACGUCAGGAUUUGAUGGAAAUGUCAUUAUUUGGGACACCAACAGGUGUACAGAAGAUGGGUGUCCACAUAAGAAAUUCUUUCACACACGUUUUCUCAUGCGAAUGAGAUUAACACCAGAUUGUUCCAAAAUGUUGAUCUCAACGUCCUCUGGAUAUCUCUUGAUUUUGCAUGAUCUUGACUUAACCAAGUCUUUAGAAGUAGGCAGCUAUCCCAUUUUGAGAGCAAGAAGAACAACAUCAAGUUCAGAUCUUACCACUUUGUCGAGUUCAUCUGGUCCUAGAGUUUCUGGUUCACCUUCUCAUCAUAGUGAUUCCAGUUCAUCUUCUGAGAAACACAUGUCACGAGCCUCACAAAGAGAAGGAAUUUCACCACGAAACAGUCUUGAAGUCUUAACCCCUGAAGUUCCUGGUGAGAGAGACCGUGGAAAUUGCAUCACAUCGUUACAGCUGCACCCAAAAGGCUGGGCCACUCUUCUUCGGUGCUCAAGCAACACUGAUGAUCAGGAGUGGACUUGUGUCUAUGAAUUCCAAGAAGGAGCCCCCGUGCGACCAGUCUCACCUCGCUGUUCUCUACGACUGACUCAUUACAUUGAAGAAGCCAAUGUAGGCAGGGGUUAUAUCAAAGAACUUUGCUUCAGCCCUGAUGGGCGAAUGAUUUCUUCCCCACAUGGCUACGGGAUUCGCUUGUUGGGAUUUGACAAACAGUGCAGUGAACUUAUUGACUGUUUGCCCAAAGAAGCCAGUCCCCUGCGGGUGAUCCGUUCUCUGUACUCUCAUAAUGAUGUGGUACUGACGACAAAGUUCUCUCCAACGCAUUGUCAGAUCGCCUCCGGGUGCCUUAGUGGACGGGUUUCUUUGUAUCAGCCAAAGUUUUAGGCACAACUUACAUCAAAUAAGGAACUCUUCUGGUGUUUGAAUUAUAUAUUACUUCAAUUUAGGUGAAGUAUUUUCUUUUUAGAAGAUCUUAAAAGUUUGGGUCAAGAUCCUAGUUCUUAUGGGUCCAUGAACACACCUGUGACCUGAGUACUUGGUCGUCCAGCAUCACAGGGGCAUCGCCAAGUUAGACUCCAGGCAGCACCAUCUUUUGCAGCAUUCCUAGGCUCCUGCUGAUCUGUGCCACUGAACUCCAGUUCUGCUGGUGGUUUUGCAUGGUAGCUCUUGUCAAGUUUCUUUCUUUUAAUUCUCUUUUCUGUUUUUUGAUUUUGGUGUGAAUUUUGUGGACAUUUGGCAGGAGUUUUGGUUGGAUUAGGAGAAACUCGUGAUGCUAGUGUUGAAUAAAACCCAGAAGUUUGAUGUUGGCAUACUGGUUGUUGAAAAGAAAUUUCAUCUUAUCAGUAUACUUGGCCUUUUAAAGUUGCUGUUGUUUCUCUAUAAUGAGCACAGAUAAUGGCAUUAUUCUUACAGCUGUUAGUUUUGCAGCAAAAUGUCUUUUAAGUUUCCUGUUAAAAUUAUACAUAUUUUUCACCAUG